GGCCGCAGGGGGGGGAAGGAGACGUGUCCCACAUUUAGAUCAGCUUGAGCGGAUAGAGGGAGACACACACAACACCGGCGGCGACAUGGAUGAAAAAGCAAACGUGGAAAUGUCAGAAAACCCAUUCGCUCCAUACGCGGAAUCUCUGCGACAACAGCUGGAGGAACAAGACCCAGUUUUUCUCAUCGCGGUGGUCGUCGCUCUGGCCGUUGUUGUCAUCACCUGUGUGUUCCUGAAGUACUUUCUCUCCAGCAAAACUGUCCGGAGUGCUGUCCUGCUGGUCGGGCUGUGUGACGCCGGGAAAACCCUCCUGUUCACUCGGCUGUUGUCAGGAAAGUUCAAGCGGACACAGACCUCCAUCACUGACAGCAGUGCUCCAUACAAAGCUAAGAACGAAAGGGGCAGCACCUGGACUCUGAUCGACCUGCCUGGACAUGACAGUCUCCGCUCUCAGUACCUGGAGAAGUUCAAGUCUUCGGCCAGGGCGAUUGUGUUCGUGGUGGACGGGGCCAUUUUCCAGAAGGAGGUGAGGGACGUGGCCGAGUUCCUUUACGUCCUACUGACGGACGCUGUGAUCUCCAGGAAUGCCCCGGCUCUCCUGGUAGCCUGCAACAAACAAGAUAUAACCAUGGCAAAAUCCGCUAAACUGAUACAGCAGCAGCUGGAAAAGGAAUUGAACACCUUGCGAGUGACUCACUCUGCGGCCCUGAGCUCCCAGGACGGCUCCGUCGGCGGCAGUGUGUAUUUGGGGAAAAAAGGCAAAGACUUUGAGUUCAGCCAGCUGCCCCUGAAGGUGGAGUUCCUGGAGUGCAGCGCCCGCGGCAGCAAGGCCGAAGAAGGGGAGGCAGACAUUGAGAUGCUGGAGAAAAGUCUGGCCAAGCUGUAGAGUCAGCAACUCAACGGUCCUCCGAGCAGAAUUUGACUCAGGCACAGACUUUGUAAAUCGCAGGAGGGAUGACGUCUCCAUGGAGGACCUGUUUGACCGAGGUUACCAGUCAAACACGGUCCUCUAGGCUGGCAGUCUACGUAGGACUUAAUUACAUCAAAGGUAGAAGAACUUUUGAGGCCGAAUAGAUGAAAGAAGACAGUAAAACCGUGGGAAAUAAUCUAGCCGUUCAUCAGGUCGCUCUGCAAUGUGCUUAUUCAGUAUAAAUGCUACUGUGAAUACCUGCUUUACAUAGCUGUACUUGGCUUGUUUUGGUAGAAGAAAUAAUUUAAGAGGUUGAAAGAAUUUCUGUUAAGUACAUUUGCUGUGAUGUAAAGAAAAAAAAAUGAAUCUGGCUGUCAAAGAGUUUCACCAUUUUUGUUUAAAACUUGUCUCAGUUAGUCUGACUGAGCCUGUUGAAACAGAUGGACAUAGUUUUGGAUUUAUUAAUUGACUCAAACCGCAAGACUUGUGCCUUUUUUUAUUCCUAGCAUUAUUAUUAAAUGGUUUUGCCUGUUUGCAAUAGAACGGUGUACUUGGUUGAAGUGUUGCGUGAAUACAGUGAAUUUGCAAAGAAUGUCUGAA